AUGUGGGAGGACUCGGAGAUUCCGACGCUGACACAGCUCACUGAGGCGUUGCGUCAGCUACCGCCCACCGAGGGGUUGGGAACCUCGGUGCCGUCGGUGGCCGGAAUGCUGCGGAGAAUGCAGAAGCAAGGGCUGGUGGACAUCGGUAGCGACAAGCGCAUCCGGAUGACGACGCGAGGGAAGAAGGAGGGCGAGAACAUCGCGCGCCGGCACCGGUUGGCGGAAUGGCUGGUGGUGAGUCUGCUGGGCAUGGAUCUGCACGAGGCCCACAUCGAGGCGCACCAGCUGGAGCACGGGAUGUCCGACGCGAUGGAAGCGAAGCUGAUGGAACGGCUUGGCAACCCGACCCAUUCGCCCUUCGGCUGGCCGAUACCGGGCAGCGGCCCCACGACGCCGACGCCGGGGGCGAUAACGCUGGACAACGCCGCCAGCGGAGUGGCCUACGUGGUGGACCGGGUGCCGGAGGAGGACGCGGAACUGCUGAAGUUCCUGGGCGGCGCGGAGCUGGUGCCAGACCGGCGUAUCACCCUGCUGGAAGGGAUGCCCUACCUGGGUGUCAUGCAGGUGGAGACAGAGGUGGACCGCAUCUCCAUCGGCUACAACGUGGCGCGGCAGAUCAUGGUGCGGCCGGCCGGAGACGACGAAACCGACGAUUAA